UAUCGCGUGAUAUUUUAGCAACGGUAGACCAUGCGUUGGGACGAUGCCGGCGAUUCUCAAUCAAACCUAGUUCAUGUCUGAUCUUUGGACUCGCGGCAUGUCAUGAAAAUUUGUUCUAUCUAAUCAUCAAACGCUUUCAGAUCUGUAUAUAAACACACUUUUGCCAACAACACGCCAGUCAAUUCACAACACCCUUCGUGUAAGGUGGUUUUUGAGUUACUGUUUUUUUUUGCCUUUCUUCUAACGGAUUCUUACCAAUAAUUUCUUAUUCAGAAUGGCACCAAAUGUUUCUUUCCCAACCGGAGUCCUUCACGAAAAUGAUGAAGAGAUUUCCAGUGCCACAAUUCCGUCAGAGGUCAACAAACCGGAAGACCGCAAACUGCAGUUAGUUUGGAGGAACAUUAUUUUGUUUGCUUAUCUGCAUUUGGCCGCUUUGUAUGGAAUAUGGAUCAUGUUCACCUCUGCGAAAAUCGCAACAUCUAUCUUUGCGAUUCUGCUUUACCAACUUGGAGGCUUUGGGAUUACCGCUGGGGCCCACCGUUUGUGGGCUCACCGCUCAUACAAAGCCAAAUGGCCUUUGCGUCUAAUCCUCACUUUUUGCAACACUUUGGCUUUUGAAGACUCUGUUAUUGAUUGGGCCAGAGACCACCGCGUCCAUCACAAAUUCUCCGAAACCGAUGCCGACCCUCAUAACGCCAAACGUGGUUUCUUUUUCUCUCACGUGGGCUGGCUUUUGUGCCGAAAACACCCUCAAGUGAAGGAAAAAGGCAAACAGAUUGACCUCUCUGACUUGUACGCCGACCCGAUUUUGCGAUUCCAGAAGAAGUAUUACAACAUUGUGAUGCCUCUGGUUAGUUUUGUUAUGCCGACUCUCGUCCCGAUGUACCUUUGGGGUGAAACGUUCAGAAAUGCCUUUUUGGUCAAUCUCUUCAGAUAUUGUCUCACUUUGAACGCCACAUGGUUGGUCAAUUCCGCUGCUCACAUGUGGGGUGAUAAGCCCUAUGAUAAGUUUAUCAACCCUGCUGAGAAUUUCGUAGUUGCGGUUUUGGCUUUGGGCGAAGGUUGGCACAACUACCAUCACACUUUCCCUUGGGAUUACAAAACUGCAGAAUUGGGAAAAUACAGUGUGAAUUUUUCGACUGCUUUCAUUGAUUUCUUUGCCAAGAUCGGAUGGGCCUAUGAUUUGAAAACUGUCUCAGCGGAAAUGAUCAAGAAAAGGGUUUUGAGGACCGGAGAUGGCACUCAUGAGAUUUGGGGAUGGGGUGAUAAGGAUCAACCGCAGGAAGAUUACCAAGACGCAAUCAUCAUGCAUAGGAAGAACGCAUAAAAAUGCAUUUAAGACUGAUUGUUAGGUAACUUAUGUUUGGCUGUUGAUUUAAUGGUUGUAUUAUCUGUUAAAUAUUUUAUUUAAUGCUAGUGCACUCAGUUCGGUGUUGAUUCACUUCGUUGAUACUUUUUUAUUUAAUUUUAGUCUCAAAUUAGUGUAGAUUGUCAACAGUGAUAUAUGAUAAGUCAACCUAAUAAAUAAUUAAUGCUAGUUGAGUACUUUGUUGGUCCACUAUAAUGUUAAAGUAGAAUUAAGGUUUUUGUAAUGUAAUAAACUAACUGUACAAAUGAUUAAAGAAUUAUACUAUUUUUGAAAUAA